GCUCUGCGAGCGUCCGUCGAACGGAUCACGCUCGACCACUAGCAGUCCACUGACCAUGUGUGUUUUUUUGGGUUCCGGUCACAGCUUUUCUCGUAGAGAUGUCGGUUACUUCGCUGCUGCGUUCGUGGGAGCUUAGAGCGUUAAGGCUAGAUCAGUAUCUCGCGUACGUGCGCUAGCAAUCCCUAAUUGGAGUUUGUGUUGGCGGCUUUCCGGAUUCGUGGCACCUCCAUCGACUGUUAGGGAGCUAGGGUUUUGGUUUCGUGAUUGAGGGUUGAACAUGAUUGUUCUGGUCUAGGUUUUAGGGUUACAUUGUUGGAUGUGUGUAGGGUGGUUAAGUGUGCAGGGCGGAGGCGUUGGCGGAUCCGUGUUGUGGGUCGUAUGUGAGAGCUUGUUCUGAGCCCAACUUGCGACCAGAUUACAAUCCUAAGGAUUUUUUCGAAUUUUUCGGGGUUACAUUGGAAGGUGCAUUGUUGCAGUCCAUUCGAGAGAUUCUAGGAUUUUGAGUUUUAUGUGGAAAGAGGGCGGAGUACUGUAAUUGGGAUACUGUCCCAACUAGUGUAGACUUCUUUUUGUUGCAGGCGGUUGGAGAGAAAGCUCAUUGCAAUCAAACGGUUUUCCCGUAAGUUAUGUUGCCGAGCAGAGUCAAUUCACUUGUUAGUUCAUCCUCGAUGAGAGAACUUUUGAAAGGGUGAAAAAAGCGACGACCGUGGAUGUUGGGAGGCAGGUUUGCCUAUGGCCUGUCGGGUUGCCCACAACCCAGUUGUUAAGCUCUGGAUGGCUAGCCAAUCGAUCUGCAAACAAGUUCCUCUGGAGAGAUGGGGUGGGCUCAGGGUUUGGAGUCAUGUGAGCAUCUCUGUCUUUGCUGAAGACGCAGGAUGUUGUAGGAUACAAAUGCCUUUCAUUUCGCUUAAACAGCUCCGAAGUUGGUCUCACUGUUCGCCCUUCAAAGAUUCCCUCGGGUUAUCAGGUCGGAAAGGGAUAGCAAAGGUUUCCCCUCUAUGGGUUGCCUAUUCAGGACCAAUAGUAGCCGCCGAGGUUUUUACAGACCCUAGACGUCUUUUUGGAGGAUCUGCCGCGUUAGAAGAAAGGGAGCGACUUCACUUCAAAACUAAUGAUGAAGAUCAGCCCUCCGUCUCGGGAGAGGGGGAGCAUAAGGAUCCCGAGAGUCCGACGGGUGGAUCAGAUGAUCUGGAUGUGUCACCAUUUCGUCGACACUAUGUCAAGGAUGUUCUGGCAGUUCUCCGUACAGUAAAAACAAAGCAGGAGAUGACUGAAAAGCUUUCUCCAUUCGUGGGAAAGCUCUCACCGCGGGACGUAACUGUGGUUUUCAAGUCGAUGUAUAAUAGACAAGUUUCUGUGGAGUUUUACAAAUGGGUCAAGUCACAGGAUGGAUUCGAACCUCAUUUCCACUUGUAUGUGGCCUUCGCUCACUGUCUAAUGAGGGUUCAAAAGUGGGUAGCACUUGAAAUUUUAGUUGAUGAGAUGAUAGGAAAGAAUUGCCCCCCCGAUAUUAAAUUUUAUGCUCUAGUGAUCAAGGAAGCUAUCAAUACUGGUCGGUUUCAAACAGCUCAACACUGGUUUUCAAAAAUGAAGUUGCUGGGGUGUCCCCCUGAUAUUGUUAUAUACAACAUUCUUAUCUUAGAGUAUGGGAAGAGAGGCAACUUCAGUCAAGCAAUGAAGUAUUUCAGUCAACUAAAGGACGAAGGUCUUUUACCAGAUAGUGGCACAUACUGUGCAGUUCUCAGUGCUUGUAGGAAGGUUGGAAAUAUUGACAAAGGGAAUGAAACUCUCAAGGAGAUGAGGGAGGCUGGAAUUAAGCCUGAUCAAGUUGCCUACAGUAUUUUGAUCGACAUGUUUGGUAAGGCUGGCAGACAUGAGGAUGCUGCAGCCACAUUUCGAGAAUUGCAGAUGUCAGGUUAUCUGCCCGAUUCAGUGGCCUACAAUACUCUCAUCCACGCAUUUGCAAAAGUAGGCAUGGUGGAUCAGGCAACCUUAGUGUUCAAAGAGGCCCAACGCUCUUUUUGUUUAGAUGAUCCCGUUAUAUUCUACACCAUGAUCCAGGUCUAUGCUAAAGCUCGAAUGGCCGACCAAGCGCUUCAUGUGCUUAAAUUGAUGAAAGAGAUUGGAUUGCAACCCAAUGAGCUAGGUUACGGGAGCGUCUUGAACGCUUUCAUGAGGGCUAAUCAACCAAUGGGAGCAAUUAAGCUUUUUGAAGAGAUGCAGGAGUCAAAUUGUCGUUUUGGCGAGAGCACCUAUAUCACAAUGCUUAACGUUUACUCAAAAGCAGGGUUUCAUUCUGCCGCAGAAGAAUUGCUUGCAAAGAUGAGGCAGCUUGGGUUUCGUCGGAAUGUUGUGGCAUACAGCACACUGAUUGAUAUGUACGGCAAAGUAGGGAAGCUACAAGAGGCGACAAGGUUGUUUUCCACCAUGAAACAACAAGGCUGCAAGGGGAACUUGAUAGUUUACAACACGAUGCUGGACAUGUAUGGGAAGGCAGGUCGUAUCAAUGAUGCUGAACGUCUCAUGGCUGAAUUGAAAGACUCGAAGCUGGUCCCUGACACAGUCACCUAUACUACUUUAAUAAACGCUUACAACCGGCUUGGCCGCUUUGAAGAGUGCAUACGAGUUUUCGAACAGCAUCGAGCUGAUGGUUUAAAGCUCGAUAGAAUCCUAGUUGCCAUUAUGAUCAAUGUUUAUGGGAAAGCUAGGCAGUACUCUAAGCUAGCUGAGCUUCUAGAGGUAAUGCCCAAAUCUGGGAUCCAACCUGAUACCAGGAUUCUUAAAACAGUUGUAGAGAUUUAUGAAGAUGGUGGCAUGUGUGAGAAUGCUGCAGAGCUUUUGCGCAAGAUAAACGAGCUUGGCCCCUUAGAAGGUAACACACUGCACAAGCAGCAUCGCUGGAUCAGACCGCCCCCUGAUAGCAGCCAGAUGAACGCACCUUCUGAUAUGUUUGUUUGAGAAAAUAUUCGAUGGGAAUGGUACAGUUCAUAUUACUUGUGUAAGCUUAAAGUA